AUGGACCCAAACUCAAUUCCCGGCGGGAUUUACUCCGCCGUCCAAACCGGCGGCAUGUUGGGCCUUGAAAUGUCGCUCCACCAGCCACCGCCGCCGCCGCGGCAAAAUCCCCCAACCUCCCAUCUCCUCCCCAACCCACACCACCAGAUCCUCAACUACCCCCAGCCAGACGAGAGCUACCUCCCGCCGGCCCACCAGCCCACGAAGCCGGCCCACCAAUUCCCCUCCAAGCCCAAAGCCCAAACCCUCACCCUCAGCGACGACGAAGACCCCGCGUUCACGGCCGAGACCAGCGCCGACGACGGCCGGAAAAAAGUACCCUCCCCGUGGCAGCGCAUGAAGUGGACCGACAACAUGGUCCGGCUCCUCAUCAUGAUCGUUUUCUACAUCGGUGACGAAGUCGUCUCGGAGCCCGCCGCCGCCGCCGACAAGAAAAAGGGGGCCUUGCAGAAAAAGGGUAAAUGGAAGUCGGUCUCACGCGCCAUGACGGAACGUGGCUUCCACGUGUCCCCCCAGCAGUGCGAGGACAAGUUCAACGACCUCAACAAGCGGUACAAGCGCGUGAACGACAUCCUCGGCAAAGGAGUCUCUUGCCGGGUCGUCGAAAACCAGAGCCUCCUCGACACAAUGGACCACGUGUCCCCCAAGAUGAAGGACGAGGUCCGCAAACUCCUCAAUUCAAAGCAUCUCUUCUUCCGGGAGAUGUGCGCCUACCACAACAGCUGUGCAGGCGGCGGACCUGCGGCCGAGCCGCCGCCUCCGGCGGCCGCCGCUCAGCCCCAGAGGUGUCUCCACUCGAAAAGUGGCGAGAACAUCAACAACAACAACAACAAUAAUAGUGUCGGUUUAGUUGUGCCUAAUUUGAACAGAGCAGAGAAUGAAGGGACUAAAUUGUCGACGAGCAGUGAGGACGACGAUGAUGACGUGGACGACGACGAUGACGUGGACAACGAUGAUGACGAGAAUUUGUCGGACAACGGGAGGAGACAAUUGUCGAGGAAGAUGCCGAGGAGGGAAGAGAACGAGUCGCGUGUUGUCCGCCAGCUGGAUGCUGAGCUGGCAAGCGUGCUGGAAGACGGUGGGAAGAGUCGGGUGGAGAAGGGGCAGGUUUUGAAGGCGAGGAUGGGUCGGCUGGAGGAGGAGAGAGUGGGGAUACAGAGGAGGGCGUUUGAGAUUGAAAAGCGGCGGCUCAAGUGGCUGAGGUACAGUGGGAAUAAGGAGAGGGAGAUGGAGAGAGAGAGGCUGGUGAACGAGCGGCUGAGGCUGGAGAACGAGCGGAUGGUGCUGGUGAUUAGGCAGAAGGAGCUUGAUUUGCUGGAACAGCAUUCGCGUUUGCAGCAGCAGUUUUCGUCUACUAAUAGGAAGAGCGACCCGUCUUCGGUUACUGUAUGA